UCUAUUAGUGCUUAUCGCUGUUUGUGACGGUAAACGGUAAAAGUAUAUUUUAACAGGUAUUUAGUUUUAAAAUGGGCUUCUAUUCGCUGCUUCUUGUAUUGUCGAUCUUGACAUACGUGGUUUAUGCCCAAAAUUGCAAGGGUAUAAAAAUCGAAUGUAAAAAAGAGCCCCGCUCUUGUCCCAAAAACCAAACGCUAAUCGCAUCCCCUUGUUCAUGCGGUUGCAAAACAUGUAAACCUGCUCCAUGGCCAGGUGCAGAAGGAUCACGUUGUAUUGUAGUGCGAUUAGACAAAGAUAGUUCUAACGGAUGUAAUGAAAAAUUGAAGUGCUGCGACGGCGCUUGUUUCAAACCGGAAAAGUGUUGCACUAAAGACCAACUUGAAUAAAUUGCAUUUUUUUUUAAAUUUUCCCAAAAUCUGAAAUGCAGGCCAGUUUGUUAACGUUUGUGGAAUAAAUCUGUUGAAAUUGA